AUGUACAGCUUUUAUGGCUCGUGGUGUCAGGUGGAGUUCCUGAAGAGCAACUGGGACCUGUGCUGGUGCGACCCGCGGCACGUGGAGACCGCCAUGGCGGCUCUGGACCCGGUCCGCAGGGACGACGGGCGGCGCGUGUGCCACUUCCGCAACCACUACGAGCUCACUCGCAAGAACUUGCUCUCCAGGAACCUCUCCAGGCUCAGGCGCCGAUACGUACGAGAAGGCGGAGAAGAGAAGGCUUCUCUGUGCGACAUCAUGCCGCUCACUUUCGAGCUGCCAGGUGACUACAAGAUGUUCACAGAGCACCACCGCAAGAACCCAGAAGAUAUCUGGAUCGUCAAACCGGUCACCGGCAGCCAGGGGCGUGGUAUUUUCCUCUUCAAGAGCGGGGAGCAGGCGCGCGGCGGCACCACGCACAUCGUGCAGCGCUACGUGCACCGGCCCUUCCUCGUCGCCGGCCGCAAGUUCGACCUGCGCAUCUACGUGCUCGUCACCUCCUUCUGCCCGCUGAAGGUGUGGGUGGCUCGCGAGGGCUUCGCGCGAGUGUGCACGCACCAGUUCUCGCUGGAGCGCCUGGACGACAAGCUGGGACACCUCACCAACACCACGCUGCGCCUGCGCAACGACCCCAGCGACACGUUCGGCAGCAAGUGGCCGCUGAUGGACCUGCGGCAGUGGGUGGAGUUGAACCACGGGAAGCUGGCCAUCAUGGGGCUGGUGCACGACGCGGGCCGCCUCGUGCUGACGGCGCUCACCGCCGCGCAGACCGCCGUCUCGCACGACCCCCACUGCUUCGAGCUCUACGGCUUCGACAUCCUCAUAGACGCCGACCUGCGCCUGUGGCUGCUGGAGGUGAAUGCUUCUCCAUCGCUUGCUCCAAGUGAUGCUGAUGACCAGCGACUCAAGCAUGACCUUCUCCAAGAUGUAUUUAACAUUCUGGACUUUGAAGGAAAAUUAACAGGAAAAGAACGAAGAGUUGGUGGCUUUGACUUGCUAUGUAAUGGAGAGCCACUUUGGGCUCCAGUUCCAGGUGGUAGACAAGUUGACACAAGAUAUUUAAACCUUUACCUGGCAACUGCUGUCCUUCAGACUGUGCCAUCAUCCUCUGUGCAACCAUUGUCAUCCAUCAUCAGCCCACCACUUGUGCGCCAAGAUCCUGUGACUGCAGUUCUGCACCACCCUGCCUCUAUGUUGCCACUCAGUGCUGCAGGCUUCAGUGGCCACUACCAGACAGGCCACGGGGGUAUUGCCUGCCGGAUGCUGAUUCAGCUCAUGGUGCAGCAGCACCACCAAGUCAUCACACUCCUGGCCAGACAACGUGAUGUAGUUCAGUGUUGCUUCAUCAUGGGCCACACAAAAUCAACACAUGAACAUGUAUGA